UGUGCUCUUUCUACUUGAGUCUUCAGUUUGCUUCAGUCUCUCUUUCUUUACUCCUGUUGACUCCACGCGUUUUACUUACACCAGUAAUUGUGAAUGUACUUAUAUACUUUUAAAUAUUAAAUAUGUGGUACAAUAGCAUACUAAUAAAAAUUAUGGGUCUUAUUUGUUUUAAAUAAUAAAACCGCGAAUCAUAGUUAUUUAUUCAUGUAGAACCAAAAGUUUAACCAGUUUAUUGUGAUUAUAUUGUUAAUUUCUGUUUAAUAAAGUAUGAAGUUACCAAGUGGAAAGAAACACCUUUCAGCAUUAUCUUUAAGUGUUAAUAAAAUUUAUAUAUCCGCUUCUAUCUACUAAAAAUGGAGUAAUGAUGAAUUAUCGUGGUGUGAAUUUCAAUAGCUAGUGUGUAAGUUAAUAAAUAUUAAGUGAAGUGAAAUUUUAUGGUGAAGAAAAAUAAAUAAAAAAUUAAAAAAUCGGAGUUUGAAUAAAUUUGAUUUUAAUUUGGGUAUGAGGAGACUGACACGUAGGCGCAGAAGUCUGACAACAUUAACGGCGAUUAUGGGACGUCUCGGCAAGUCAGCCCAAGGAACAACAAAACCAAUUUUUCGUGUUCAUUAUCGCAAACUCGUGGAUGAAUUUUCUCAACAGCAUCAAGAGCAACUUAAAUUCAUGCCAGCGCUACCGGAUUACAUGUCAUACUGCUGCUGCCGCUGUGGACAUAUGCAAAAGCUCGAAGCUGAAGAAUUAAAUACAAUUGUUGGAAAUGCAUUUCGUAUGGCAUACGUGGCGCAAUUACAGCGCCAGCCAAUUAUCCAAGAUGUGAUCUUGCCUCAGUCAACGACUAUUUAUCGGAAAGAUACACCCCAAGAACAAAAAAACGUUUGGAAUAAACCACUGGGAGGUGACAAUAAUUCAAAAGAGAAUAUAGGUAUCAGUGGUGGUGGUGGUGGCGUUGGAAGUGGAGGAGGUGGUGGUGGUAGUGCUGGUGGUAGUUUAGUGGGUGGCUGCAGAAGCCCAUCCUCGAAUUCGUGGCUGAAGAGUCGAACGGCACCCACGUCUCGUUCAGGAAACGACACAUCAACAGCGAACAUGAACGUACAGAUCGGUAGUGCCGGCUCGCCCACGCUGCGAAUCCCAACCGUCAAGACACCUAAUUCCAUACCAGGACUACGACCUUCUCACCCAUUUUCCAACGUCCUUGGUCCAAUAACAAACCAAGAUGAUCCAAAGAGCAUUUCGCAACAAAGUACACCGAGCAGUGAUGAAAGUAACUCGCCAACGGAGCUUAACUCGUACAAAAGACUGACAGACAAACCGCCGCUGAUAAAGCGGCUAACAAUGGGUCUUACGGGUGGUGUUUUGGGUCUAAAUACCGAAGACGACAGUUGUCCAUUGGUAAGCGGUAGUAGUACACCAACUAGUCCAACAAAUCGACCGCACUCAGGUGGCUAUAUAAAUGAAGCUAUUAUUGACAACGAGGCUACAAGAACGACUUACAAUAAAAUUCAACUAUCGGACAAUAUCGACAAUACUAUCAAUGUUUUAAUUACCACCAAGAAUUUAAAUAUUGAGAACAACAGACUAGCACCUGAUAAUUCGCUUAAUAGCGGAGAUACUGAUUUUAAAACAAAACGCCGUUCACAAAUAAGUACUUCAAGUAGUUCGGUUCCGGCUGAUGGAAGUACUCACGGCUCGACGCCAACUCCACCACCACUUCCCGAAAGAACUGAUAGUCUUAAUAACCGAUGUGAAGAAGGCGAACUUCGAAAAGCGCCUUGGUUCCAAGCUGGCAUUCCUAGGGAAAUAACACUUGAGGUGUUGAGCCAAGAACCGGAAGGUGCUUUCAUGGUUAGAGAGAGUACCAGCAAACCUGGAUGCUAUGCAUUAUCGUUACGUGUACCACGUGACUUUCAACCGAGUGGAAUUGCUCACUAUCUCAUCAUGCGAACAAACAAAGGCUACAAGAUAAAAGGCUUUACUAAGGAAUUCACAACACUAACUGCAUUAAUAACUCAUCAUUCAGUAAUGAAAGAACUAUUACCUUGUCCAUUAUCUUUAAGUCGUUACAAUCCGAGUUUCGUAAAAACGGAUUCAAAUAAAGACUUUGCUGACAUUGAUUCAGAUCCUGACUACAAUACUCUGGCGGAUUUUCGUAAAAUGAUGGCUGAUUUAAAUGUCUAAUAAUAUAAUUAUUAUUUAAUAAACUCUUAAUUGUGAUUAUUAAUUAAAUAUAAAUAUAUAUUGUAAAAGUGAUAAUAAUUAUUGUGGCGAUUUAAGAUUAUUGAAAGUCAAAAAAUAGAUUUUAUUAUUAAUUUAUAAUUUAUAUUAAUUAAAUAUUAGUAUAAAAAUAAAAUACGUUAUUGUAUUUUAAAGUCAAGUGAGAAAAUUUUAUUUUUUUAUUUUUAUUUAAAGCUUUGGGUACUUUGAAAUUUUAUUGCAUAUGCAUUAAAAUCACUGCCAUAUAUAUAAGUCGAUUAAAAAAUAUCGAUUCAAAAAAUCAAUUAUUUAAGAAUAAAGAGAAAUUUUUUUGUGACCAAGUGGAAUCUUAAAAAAAACAAUUAUAAUUUAAUAUGGUUUCGAUAAAUAUCAUGAUAUAAAUUUAAUGUAAAUGUGUUUAUAUGUAUAUAAAUUAUAAUUAUUGUUAAACAUUGUCAUUUAUUUAAUUAAUAUUAUUAUUUUGAUUCUCAUUAAAAGAGAAAGAAUAAAACAUAAAUUUUAGAAACAAAGUUGGGAUAACAGUCCACAAAGCUUUGAUAUUUUAUUUUAGCGAUGAAAACUAGAAUGAAAACUAAAAAAAAAAAAAAUUUAAUAGAAAUUCCGAUUGAUUUAUUGAAACCUAGUCUUGUACAGAAUUUGUGUGGAUAGUUUAUAUUCGAAAAUAUAUAUUGUAUGAAAAAUAUAUAUAUGACAUAAAAAAGGGGCGGAUCAUACGCUUUUAUACGCCAGACUAUCGUAUCUAAAAUAAAAAUGUUGAUAGCGAUAAUUAAAAUCCAUCUGUACGUACGAACGAUACUACAAUUAAAUUAUACAUUUAAAAAAUAAUAUUAUUUUGGGUCAGUAAAUAUUUAAUUGUAUUAAAUAAAAAAUAUAAAAUGUAUCGCUGAGAAUUGAAUUUAAUUGUAAACAAAUUAAAUAAUUAUUUAAAAUAAAAUAAAAUAAUUUUCUGAUGAUUACUACAAU